GAGAGAGCGGAGAAACUCCGUGUUGCUAUUGGCAAUGGUGGUUUAGAGCAGUCGGCGAGAAUUGUCCGGUUUCGAAAUGGAAAGGCGAUCGAAUUACAGUCCGUUGAGCCAGGAGCAGCCGGACGAGCAAGAAGAGCACGCGCCACCGAGGGCAUCGGCCAUGGCCGGCGCCGGCACGACUCAGUGCUACGAGUCGUUGUUGUCCGGGGAAAGGAAGAAGAGCGAAAGAGGUUUGGAGUGGGAGUGGGUUGAUCAGCGAAUGGGUCAUGCGGCGGGUCGGUUCGGUGGAAGCGGAGUGGGUCAGCACCACGAGUCACUGUCCGGGGACAGGAGCAGAGGGAGGAGUGAGAGAGGCAUGGACUGGGACUGGGCUGAUCACAGGGUGGGCCAGAUAGCGGGUCGGUUCGGGGGAGCGGGUGGGUCAACAGGGUUGCAGAGGCAGUCGAGUGGGAGCAGCUUCGGCGAGAGCUCGAUGUCGUCGUCAGUGGUGGCCAGCGGCGAUCACGACGCGUUUGGCCACUUGCAUGACGAUAUUUUCAGGACCAGCGGCGGCGGCGGAGGAGGAGUGGACCUCAGGUUCAGGGCGGCGGAGGAGUCCGCCGGCGCCGGUGGGUCGACGUGUUCGAAGAGCUGGGCCCGGCAGACGGAAGAGAGUUACCAAUUGCAGCUCGCUUUGGCUCUCCGGAUGUCGAAGAGAUCUGCCUUUUUUGACGAUUCCAAUUUCUUGGAUCCGGAGCGGGACGAAUUCGCAUCUCACGCAUUGCCUUCCUCUUGUUCGGCCGAGGCCGUGUCGUUCCGAUUCUGGGUGAAUGGCUGCCUAUCAUACUUUGACAAAAUUCCUGAUGGCUUUUACUUGAUUCAUGGGAUGGAUCCAUAUGCAUGGGCACUAUGCACUGACCUGAAAGAGAGUGGAGUUAUGCCAUCAGUUGAAUCACUAAAGGCAAUUGAUCCUGGAGUACAAUCUUCAAUGGAAGUCAUUUUGAUUGAUCGGCACAAUGAUCCUAGCUUAAAAGAACUAACAAACAGGAUUCUUCGCAUUGCCCACAGUUGCGCCUCCGCCAAUGAAAUUGUCAACCAGCUUGCAAAGAUUGUUUGCAAUCGAAUGGGGGGUGCUGCUUCCAACGGAGAAGAUGGUUUUGUUCCUCUUUGGAAGGAGUGCAAGGAUGAUCUGAAGGAAUCUUUAGGAUCGGUUGUGCUUCCUAUUGGAAGCCUUUCUGUUGGUCUCUGCAAACAUCGCGCUUUGCUCUUCAAGGUACUUGCUGACAUAAUUGAUUUACCUUGUCGUAUUGCCAAGGGCUGUAAAUACUGUAAGAGCAAUGACGCUGCUUCUUGCCUUGUUCGCUUUGCUCUGAAUAGGGAGUUUUCUGUGGAUUUAAUUGGGGAGCCAGGAUGUUUAUAUGGACCCGAUUCUUUGCUAAAUGGUCCAUCCUCUGUCUUGAUUUCUUCACCAUUGCACUACCGCCGCCUAGGACAAUGUGAACCUUCACUUGAUUCCAAGUCGAUGGCCAAUCUGUUUUUCUCAAAUUUCGCAUCGCUGGAUAUUAAAUUUGAUGAUUCUUGCACAGGUGUUGAUGAUGAUGCUUCUGACAUGGCAUGUCCUAUGCAAUCUGUGGAUGGACACAACAAGGUGCCUAGUUCAAGCAGCAGCAAAGAUAUUCAUCACUGGGAUUUGAAUCUGUCCAAAUCAUAUGACCGUGUCUCCGUCACAAGCUCAGUGAACGCAGUCAAGGAUCCUCUCCCUUUAAAGCAUCUCCCUCUACUUGGUCAUGGGGAAGUUCAGCCACUUGUGGGCAUUUCCGAUCCAAAGGAAAUUACAGCCCAAGGUGGUUUUAGGUUUGCCAAGGAAGGUCAAAUUGUUCCAGCUAGACCAACUGAAGGACUUUCACUUGAUGUGGAAGAUUUGGAUAUCCCGUGGAGUGACUUGGUUCUGAAAGAGAGAAUCGGAGCAGGUUCCUUUGGUGUUGUCCAUCGUGGUGAUUGGCAGGGCUCGGAUGUUGCUGUAAAGAUUCUUAUGGAUCAAGAUUUCCAUCCAGAGCGAUUGAAGGAAUUUUUGAGGGAGGUCACAAUUAUGAAACGCUUGCGGCAUCCAAAUAUUGUUCUUUUCAUGGGUGCUGUUACACAGCCCCCAAAUUUGUCCAUAGUCACAGAAUAUCUAUCAAGAGGCAGUUUAUUUAGACUUUUGCACAAACCAGGUGCAAGAGAAGCAUUGGAUGAGAGGCGUAGGUUGAGUAUGGCCUAUGAUGUGGCAAAGGGAAUGAAUUAUCUUCAUAAACGCCAUCCUCCUAUUGUUCAUCGAGAUUUGAAGUCUCCAAAUCUUUUGGUUGACAAGAAGUAUACAGUAAAGGUUUGUGAUUUUGGCCUCUCCCGCUUAAAAGCGAGUACAUUUCUUUCUUCAAAAUCAGCAGCAGGAACUCCUGAAUGGAUGGCUCCAGAAGUUCUCCGUGAUGAACCAUCCAAUGAGAAGUCAGAUGUAUACAGCUUUGGUGUGAUAUUAUGGGAACUUGCCACAAUGCGAGAACCUUGGAUUAAAUUAAAUCCACCACAGGUUGUAGCAGCUGUUGGUUUUCAGGGAAAGAGGCUUGAGAUUCCGCGUGAUUUAAACCCUCAAGUAGCUUCGAUAAUUGAAGCUUGCUGGGCCAAUGAUCCCCUAAAACGGCCUUCCUUUUCCAAUAUCAUGGAGUCUUUAAGGCAUUUGGUUAAGCCUCCGUAACAGUAACCAGUUGGGUUGGCAUGCAGUUACUUACAUGAUGCCAUAUAAAACAUGGGGAAGUUAUAAUUGUACAUAUCAUACCCUUGAUGAUCCAAUUUCUUUCUUGCAAGAAAUUCUGCUUGGAUUACCUCAGGAUCAAUUCUGUACAUAUCUCUUGCCUGGAGAAUGUUGGUUUCCAUGCACCAUCCAGUAGCUGCAUGUAGUUUCCGUUUCAGAAAAUUGCUCAGAUUUCCGGAUAGCCUUUAGGCAGUCAGGCUCAUCCUUAUAAAGUGUUUCUCCACCAACACCCCCCCCCCCCC